UCCCAGCUGCUGCUCCGUCUGCUCUAGGGAAGGUGGUGCAUCCUGGUGCGGUCCUUGCCCUCGGCCCCUUUGGGACAGGUGGGACACAACAGCUGCCACCUGCAGGUUUCCCCUUCCGAGGGCAGGAGCGGCGGGGCAAGAGCUGCGAUGGCUGUGAUUUGUGCCCACCCCCGAGGGUAAGAGCCCCUGACUCCUGACAAAGUUUAUUUGGAAAUGCAGCGGCGCUUCCUUCCCUCCCUGCUCCCCACGGCUUCCAGGCCCUGGGAUGCAAACACGGGAGGCAUUUCGUGGGACAUUUAUUACCGGCUGCAGCGCAGCGCAAAUCCCGCAUUCUGGAAGGUUUUCCCAAUGCUGCCGAGCAGGGAACACACCGUGACAGGAUGAGCAGCAAAGAAGACCCGAGCAAGUGCUGUCCGGCGGCUGCUCCCAUCUCCAGUUUCACCAUCCAGUCCAUCCUGGGCAGCGGCAGCGCCGAUCCCCCCCGGGAAGCCGGCGACAGGGCUCCCUCCUGGCCCGCCCGCGCCCGGACCCUCUCGCUGUCCUCGGAGGACGAGGAGCCGGACGAGAGCUGGAAGCACCGCGGCUGCUUCUGCCCCGAGGCUCAGGGCCCCGCCGAGGCGUGCCACAAGCACCAGCCCCUCAGCUUCACCUGUCUCGGCAGCGCCAAGGGGAGCGGAGCGGCGGCGGCGGGCAGCGGGGAGCGGGGGCCUUUCCUCUCGCCCCCCCAGCAGGACUGUAAGGACGAGAAGGAGAAGCCUCUGGGACCCUCCUCGCCUUCCUGCGGGGACCGGCAGCGCGACGGCGGGGACCGGCAGGCCGGCGCCGCCAAGAAGAAGACGCGCACGGUGUUCAGCCGCAGCCAGGUCUACCAGCUGGAAUCCACCUUCGACAUGAAGCGCUACCUGAGCAGCUCGGAGCGGGCCUGCCUGGCCUCCAGCCUGCAGCUCACCGAGACCCAGGUGAAGACCUGGUUCCAGAACCGCAGGAACAAGUGGAAACGGCAGCUCUCGGCCGAGCUGGAGGCGGCCAACAUGGCCCACGCCUCGGCGCAGACUCUGGUGGGGAUGCCGCUGGUGUUCAGAGACAAUUCCCUCCUCCGAGUGCCGGUGCCCAGAUCCAUCGCCUUCCCCGCCCCUCUCUACUACCCCGGCAGCAACCUCUCGGCCUUACCGCUCUACAACCUCUACAACAAGAUCGACUAUUGAGCCCCGCGCCCCCCGCCCCGCGCCCGCCCCGUCGGGAGCCGCGCCGGGA